GGGCCCUGGCGGAUGGAGACAUGCUGGCCCUGCUGCUGCUGCCCCUGCUGUGGGGGGGGUCCCUGCAGGAGGAGCCAGGGUACGAGCUGCAAGUGCAGAAGUCGGUGACGGUGCAGGAGGGUCUGUGCGUCCUCGUGCCCUGCUCCUUCUCUUACCCCUGGAAUUCCUGGUACUCCCCUUCCCCACUCUACGUCUACUGGUUCCGGGACGGGGAGAGCCAAUACUAUGCUGAGGCUGUGGCCACAAACAACCCAGACAGAAGAGUGAAGCCAGAGACCCAGGGCCGAUUCCGCCUCCUUGGGGAUGUCAGGAACAAGAACUGCUCCUUGAGCAUCGGAGAUGCCAGAAUGGGGGACACGGGAAACUAUUAUUUCCGCGUGGAGAGAGGAAGGAAUGUAAAAUACAACUACGUACAGAAUAAGCUGAACUUGGAGGUGACAGCCCUGACAGAGAAACCCGACGUCCGCUUUCUGGAGCCUCUGGAGUCCGGCCGCCUCACAAGGCUGAGCUGCAGCCUUCCAGGAUCCUGUGAAGUGGGACGACCUCUCACAUUCUCCUGGACGGGGGAUGUCCUCAGCCCCCUGGACCCCGAAACCACUGGCUCCUCGGAGCUCACCCUCACCCCGAGGCCCGAGGACCAUGGCACCAACCUCACCUGUCAUGUGAAACACCAAGGAGCUCAGGUGACCACGGAGAGAACUGUCCAGCUCAAUGUCUCCUAUGCUCCACAGAACAUCACCAUCUUCAGGAAUGGCACAGCCCUAGAGAUCCUGCAAAACACCUCGACGCUUCUGGUCCUGGAGGGCGAGGCUCUGCGGCUGCUCUGUGAAGCUCCCAGCAACCCCCCUGCACACCUGAGCUGGUUCCAGGCAUCCUCUGCCCCGAACACCACCCCCAUCGCCAAUACUGGGAUCUUGGAGCUUCCUCGAGUAGAGUUUACAAAAGAAGGAGUCUUUACCUGCCGCGCUCAGCACCCGCUGGGCUCCCUGCACAUUUUUCUGAAUCUCUCAGUUUACUCCCUCCCACAGCUUCUGGGCCCCUCCUGCUCCUGGGAGGCUGAGAGUCUGCACUGCAGCUGCUCCUUUCGAGCCUGGCCGGCUCCCUCCCUGUGCUGGUGGCUUGGGGAGAAGCCACUGGAGGGGAACAGCAGCCAGGGCUCAUUCAAGGUCAACUCCAGCUCAGCCGGGCCCUGGGCCAACAGCUCCCUGAUCCUCCACGGUGGGCUCACCUCUGUCCUCAAAGUCAGCUGCAAGGGCUGGAACACCUAUGGGUCCCAGAGCGGCUCUGUCGUGCUGCUGCAAGGGAGACUGAACCUCAGGACAGGAGUGGUUCCUGCAGCCCUUGGUGGUGCUGGUGUCAUGGCCCUGCUCUGUAUCUGUCUGUGCCUCAUCUUCUUUUUAAUAGUGAAAGUCCGCAGGAAGCAAGCAGCUGGGAGACCAGAAAAAAUGGAUGAUGAAGACCCCAUUAUGGGUACCGUCUCCUGGGAUUCCAGGAAGAAGCCCUGGCCAGACAGCCCCGGAGACCAAGCAUCUCCUGCUGGGGAUACCCCUCCCUUGGGAGAACAACAGGAGCUCCAUUAUGCCUCCCUCAGCUUUUCUGAGAUGAAGUCGAGGGAGCCUAAGGACCAGGAGGCCCCAAGCACCACGGAGUACUCAGAGGUCAAGACAAACAAGUGAGGACUCCCCCAGAGCUCAGUCCUGGCCGGAGGAACCACAUCCUGUCUGGGGGGAAGGACAAGUCAGGGACCACUUGCUGAAGCACAAAGAGCCCU